GCUCACCUGUCGUUAGCCACGCCCAUCAUGACGCACCUGACCAGCACAAGGAAACAAAGACACAAGAACCUUGCAGUCAUUAAUAGUAGACAUACUGUAGGCCGAAUUGGGAAAUCAACUUAAUACUUUAACCAUGAUCCGAAAUUACAUCGUAUUCGCUGUUUUUUUGCUGUGUUACGUUUCUGGGAUUGACAACAUAGACAUUUUCAAUGGGCUUCCAUUACAACUCUCGAAGUACUCCAUUGUAAAUCCUCAGGUGAUUCACAGAUAUACAAGGAACAUCAAUAGACCGUCACAGGAGAAAUAUGGAGAGGAGACAAUAUCAUAUGCACUCAACAUAAACAACAGGAAGCACCUCCUUCAUCUAAAAAAGAACAGAGACUUUUUACACCCAAACUUUGUUCAGUAUUCAGUUGACGCCGCUGGUAACUACAAGCCAUCAUAUCCAAAACAGCAUGUGCAUUGCUAUUACCAUGGAGAAGUGGAGGGAUAUGAGGAUUCAGUGGUCGCGCUCAGCACAUGCUCGGGCCUCAGGGGUGUAAUCCUCCUUCGAAAUGAGACCUAUGGACUUGAGCCUGUGUCACAGUCUGCUACCAACGAGCACCUUCUGUACCUGCUGAAGGACAUUCAGUCCGAGCCCGUCACUUGUGGGGUCGUCAGUGAGGCUGCAUCAACUCAAAGCCAACCCUUUGAGCCUGGAAAAUCACUGACUUCACUGCUGCGGAGGAAGCGCGGUAGCAAUUUACCUGAAACCAGUUAUGUGGAGUUGGUGCUGGUUGUUGAUAAUCUCAGGUACAUUUAUAAGAAACAAAAUGAGGCAGCGGUACAAGAGGAAAUGGUGCAAAUGGCUAAUCUACUCGAUGCGUAUUACAAGCAGCUGAAUAUCCGUGUGGUGCUGGUGGGCCUGGUGAUUUUUAAGGAUGUUAAUCCCUUUAAUGUGGAGGGCUCUGCAGGAGAUGUGUUGGGGAUGUUUGUCAAGUGGAGGAAGACUGUACUGUUACCGAAGAUCAGGCAUGACAUUGGUCAGCUCAUUGUUGGUCUGCCCCAGCCAUACGGUGGAGGUAUAUUGGGUAUGGCCUUCGUGGGCACGGUCUGCUCCGCUGCGACUUCUGGAGGAAUCAACGUGUUCAACAACAACGGCCUCUCUUAUGCAUCCACUGUGGUGGCCCAUGAGAUGGGCCAUAACCUGGGCAUGAAUCACGAUACUGCGAACUGCUGCAGUGUAGGAAGCUGCAUCAUGGCAGCUGGUGCUAGUGGUUCCACCACUUUCAGCAACUGCAGUCAACAAGACUUUGAGACGCUGAUCCUUCGUGGAGGAGGCUUGUGUCUGAAAAACCCGCCAGCCCCAUCAGAUGUGGUUGGUAUUGCUGUAUGUGGCAAUGGCCGGCUGGACAAAGGAGAGCAGUGUGACUGUGGCAAACCUGAGGAAUGCAACAAUAAAUGCUGUGAUGCUGCCACCUGCACAUUUACACGCGGGUCUGCCUGUGCUCAGGGUGGCUGCUGCGACAACUGUCAGAUCAGAGUAUCUGGAACUCUAUGCAGAGAGUCCGUCAACACCUGUGAUCUUCCUGAAUACUGUGACGGGACGACUGCAUUCUGUCCCAGAAACUUCUAUGUCAUGGACGGCCUGCCCUGUGAAGACCGUCAGGCUGCUGCUUACUGCUAUGAGGGCCGAUGCCAGACGUACGAUUUCCAGUGCAAACGUCUCUUUGCACCAGAUCCAGCAACAAAGGCAGCGGAUAUUUGUUUUACGACCGCAAAUAUGAAGGGAAACGAAUUUGGAAACUGUGGAAUGAAUGGCAAAAACCUUAUCCCAUGUAGUGUAGCAAACUCCAUGUGUGGAAAGUUGCAGUGUGUAAACGUGGACGUCAACAAUCCCCCUCCUGGUGCCCAAGUCAGUAUCCAAGUAGUCCAAGGGUCAAAGUGUAUUAAUGCAAACUUCAACCUCGGCACAGAUGUGCUAGAUCCUGGCUAUGUUAAGCCUGGCAGCCCUUGUGAUAAAGGAAAGACCUGCAUAGACUUUCAGUGUGUGAAUGCUUCUAAUCUGCUGCCCGACUUGACCUGUGGUGCCCAGACCACCUGCAACAGCCGAGGGGUAUGUAAUGACCAAGGGCACUGCCACUGUGAAAACGGGUGGGCCCCACCUAACUGUGACAAGUCGGGGCGAGGUGGCAGCAUAGACAGUGGUCCUGCUCAGAUAGACUACUCCCUCAGGAACGGUCUGUUGAUCUUCUUUCUGUUGGUGGUUCCUGUUCUGGUCCUUCUCAUUCUGGUGCUGCUCUACGUUUUCAGGAGAGACACACUGGACCCGUGUCUAAAAGGAAGCCUCGCCAGCCGCCUCAAGUCACGUAAUGCUAGAAAUGGAAAUACAAACGGGCAAUCAAACAGCAAUGUUCAGAAAAGUACCACAACCCAACCUCCAUUACAGGCUCCUUCUAAUGUGCCUGAAUAUCCACCGGCUACUUCAGUUCCAAUUUCUGGUUUCAGGUAUGGGGAACUGGAUUAUUGGAAUGCAGAAACAAGCACUGCCCCUGCACAACCGCCAGCUCCUAAGCAGGGCCCCGGAGUACCGAAACCAAUCCCACCCAGGCAGCUACCACGUUGAUUUUAUUUUUAUACAAAAUGUUUUAAUUUGUAUUGUGAAUGUAUGGAGUUUACUUGAGCUUGACACUGUAUGAAGAGACACUUAUAAAACACUGUGAUAACAACAGACUGACAAUAGACUUUGGCUGUUGACUGUAGUAACAUGGUGGAUAAGGCUGGUAGAGGUGUAUGUAUAUACUUAUUGGAAUAUGUGUUUUAUUAGAUUACUGUUCAUCACUUAUUGGAAAUACUCAUUGGAAAUACAUGCACAAAGUAUUUUUUAAUUAUAUUUUUAAAAAUUAAAAAAUGUCUGUUUAAAAAUAUGUUAAUGCAUGUCAAUUG